GUAGGUAGCCAAAGAAACGCAGAGACCUGGCCGACGUUAGAGAAAAUUCGAGUGACACAUGUUUUAAACUGUGCGGGGUUCAAAGGUCAAAGGUCAUACGAAGGGUCACCGUACGAGGAGGUUGGUAUCGAAUAUUUAGAAUUUCAAGCGGAUGAUCAUGAUGAAUACGACAUCACAAAACAUUUCAGCGAGGGCUUCAGCUUUAUCGACAGGGCUCGUCAGAGAGGUGGUGUAGUGCUGGUGCACUGUGCUCUGGGUAUCAACCGGAGUGGUGCUAUGUGCAUUGCCUAUCUGAUGCUUCGAGGUAACAUGCCUCUCUUGAAAGCCGUCAAAACCAUAAAAAGUAAAAGAAGAGUUUUGCUUUCGAACAGAGGUUUUCAACGUCGUCUG